AUAGGUUUUUGAUUCCCCACUUUCCUCGAAACCCUACCCUCUUCGGCGCCGCCUCCCCUCUACGUCUCGCUUCUCACUGCUUCGUCUUCUGAGAUCCACUCUGGGAGAGUCUGCCGCUGCCGCCGCCGUUUAUUGUGGAUCAUCGAAGAUGUCGGGCGCCCUUGACAUGUCCCUCGACGACAUCAUCAAAAACAACAAGAAGACUAACGGUGGAGGCCGUGGACGGGGCCGUGGCUCCGGCCCUGGUCCUUCCCGCCGCUUCCCCAACCGAGCGACAAACCGAUCCGCCCCCUACUCUGUUGGGAAGGCUCCUGAAUCGGCGUGGCAGCACGACAUGUACUCGGCGGCUCCGCCAGGCGGGUUUCCUGUUCCAACGGCGAAGGCGUCCUCCAUAGAGACCGGAACAAAGCUAUAUAUUUCCAAUCUGGAAUAUGGGGUCUCGAACGAGGACAUCAAGGAACUUUUUUCAGAGGUUGGGGAUAUCAAGCGCUAUUCUAUUAAUUAUGAUAGAAGUGGAAGGUCUAAGGGAACGGCUGAAGUAGUUUUUGCAAAGCGGACUGAUGCUUUGGCAGCUGUAAAAAGGUACAACAAUGUGCUGCUUGAUGGAAAACCAAUGAAUAUAGAAAUUAUUGGGACAAAUAUUCCAACACCAGCUGUUGUUCCUCAACCCUCCAAUGGUGUCAUGGGAAAUCCUAUUGGUGGUUUAAGAAGUGGUACAAUUAGGGGUUCUGCAGGAUGGCCACGAGCUGGUGGCCGUGGAAGAGGUCGGGGACGUGGACGAGGUAAAGGUCGUGGUGAACCAGUUUCUGCUGAUGCACUUGAUGCUGAUUUGGAUAAGUAUCACUCAGAAGCGAUGCAAACCAAUUGAAUAGUCCUUAUUGGCUUCUUCAGCAUACCACUGUUGCAACCAUUGCAUGCAGAUCCUGCUCCACAUCAAUAUCUAUUCUGCAAACAUGUAUAAUGUAGCUAAUGGAAGAUAGUACUGUUUAAGUACUCUGAGAUUUUAGGCUUUCAUUUUCGCUUUGUUAUUUGUUUUGGUGUGAACUUCCUACUAGUACCUGGAUUAAAGUGAACAUCUGGUGCAUGGCCUAGUCAUCAUUUCGUUUGGUUA